AUGGCACAAAAUGCAAUGGCAGGUGCAAUGGCAGGGAUUGGAGAACAUUGCAUCAUGUAUCCAGUUGACAGUAUCAGAACUCGAAUGCAAGUUCUUACAACUCCAGAAAUAAACAAAGCUAUAAAACACGCGUCAAAGGAAAGUUGGCAUGGGUCAAGGAAUUUAUGGAAAGGAGUUUAUUCAGUCAUUGUUGGGGCAGGCCCUGCUCAUGCUGUUCAUUUUGCUACUUAUGAAUUUUGUAAAGAAUGGCUUAAUGACCAAUUAUCAGCUACUUCUAAAUUACAAACUACUGGUCGAUCGUUUACAAUAUCUAAUCAACUGAUAGCAUCGGGUACUGCUGGUGCCAUUGCUACUUUUGCUCAUGAUGCUUUAAUGACACCCUUUGAUGUAUUAAAACAACGAAUGCAAUUACGCGAUUCAACUUAUCAUUCAGUACGUGAUUGUGCUAAAAGAGUGUAUUCAGCGGAAGGAAUUAAAGCAUUUUAUAUUUCAUUCCCCACCACCGUCUCCAUGUCAAUCCCAUUUCAAUCUGUUCAAUUUGCUACUUACGAAUUCUUUCGAUCUAAACUCAAUCCAGAGGGAUCCUAUAAUCCAAAAGCACAUAUGCUGGCAGGUGCUAUUGCGGGUGCUGUGGCUUCAUCAGUCACAACUCCACUUGAUGUCAUAAAGACUUUACUACAAACAAAAGGUUCAUCUACCGAUACUCAGAUCAAAAAUGUAAAUGGCUUAAAGGAGGCAGCAUCUAUUAUUUAUGAACGAUAUGGAUUUAAAGGCUUUUUUAGAGGAUUUAAGCCUAGAGUAUUGACAAAUAUGCCUAGCACAGCUAUUAGUUGGAGUGUUUAUGAAUAUUUCAAAUGGUUUUUAGCAAGUGAUGAUGAAGAUAAAUUUAUAGAUCGUAUUUAA